AUGGCACUGGAGGACAAGCUGUUCACGCUCGGGCAGGAGCGGUCGUACCUGGCCUUCAACAGCCCGUCGAUCACCGACGCCCAGGCCGAGGCCAACGUCGAAGCCCUCGCCCUCUCGCUCUACUCGGUCAUCGUCACCCUCGGCCAAGUGCCGAUCAUCCGGGCACCGCGCAACACGGCGGCGUCGAUGGUGGCCAAGCGGGUGUGCGAUCGCCUGCGGGAGCACCUCCUCCGCUCCUCCACGCUCUCCGACUCACUCUCCUCCUCCUUCCAACGCCCGCUGGUGGUGCUGGUGGACAGGAACGUGGACAUGUCGGUGAUGGCGCUGGUGCACGACCUGCUGGACAUGAAGCUCAACACGAUCCGCCUCGAGCAGGAGGUCGAGGCCGACGCCGCGUCCGGCAAGUCGGGCGGCGUCGAGACCAAGACCUACGACCUCGAUCCGGCCUCGGACGGCUUCUGGAUCGCCAACGCGGGCAACCCGUGGACCAAGGUCGUCGUUGAUGUGGAGGCGCAGGUGAAGGAGUACACGGCCAUCAUGGACGAACUCAAAAAACUCAAAGUCAACGACGACGAUGAUCCCCUGGCGAGGCUGGACAGGACGAAGCACCUGGGGUCGCUGGUGGGGUCGAUGUUCGAGGUGACGGAGAAGAAGCCGCUGAUCGACAUGCACCUCAACAUCGCCACAGCCCUCUUCGAGCGCAUCAAGCAGCGCAACCUCGACGCCUACCUCAAGCUCGAGGAGGCCAUCACCACCCACGCCACCCCCGACAAGAAGGAGAUUUUGGGGCUGCUCGCGGCCAAGGGGGACACGGCGGAGGACAAGCUGCGGCUGUUCCUCAUCUUCUACCUGACCACCGCCAUCCCGGAGGAGGACCUCCCCAGAUACGAGGCCGCCCUGACCGAGGCCGGGGUCGACCUCAGGCCCUUCCAGUACCUCAAAAAGGUGAAGGCGUUCAACAACAGUUUGAUGGGCGGCGCGCAGCGCACGUCGAGCCGCUCGGGCGGGUCGGUGCGCGGGUCGGUCACGACCAGUUUGGCGUCGCUCGUGCAGCAGGGCGUGAACCACAUCAAGAUGUGGAUCCCGUCGUCGCGCCACCUCUAUCUGACGCGCGUCGUCGACGCGCUGAUGGAGCAGCGCGGCGGGAGCUCGCUCGGCGGGGUCGAGGAGCAGUACGAGUACUACGACCCCAAGGUGACCAACCCGCACCUGCAGGCUUCCAUGCCCCGCAAAAACACCCCCUACACCCACGCCAUCGUCUUUGUAAUCGGCGGCGGCAACUACGUCGAAUUCCAGAACCUCCAGGACUAUGCUAAGGAGCAACCAAGGGGAGUUGGCGAGACGCCAAAGCAGAUCAUCUAUGGUUCCACGGAGAUCCUGAGCGCACGGCAGUUCCUCGCCCAACUUUCCGAACUCGCCUAA